CUCUGCCACCUUCUGGUCGGCAAGUCACAAACCAAAGCUCAACUUCACUUGUCUCCUCAUUUCAUCUCUCUCUCUCUCUCUAAAACUCACUGUUGUGUGUUUUGUCUGGUGUCUGUGUCUGUCUCUAUGUUUUCAUGAAACUCUGCAUAAAUUCUCACUCUCCUCUCCCUCAACCAUCACUCCUCCUCCACCUUUUUGCUCUUUCUUCAAGUAAAAGAUCCCAUUUUUCUUCCCUCUCUUCCAUCCUUGUCACGCGCCUCUAUAAAUUUGAAGGGCCCCUCACAAAAUUACAAAGUUCUUACCUUUUCAGGAUUUCCAAGCUAAAAAGAAAUUGGUGAAGUGGGAUUGAGUAAUUUGAAGAAAUGAUUAACGUGAUGCAUUCAUUGAGCAAGCCCAUGAAUCAAAUGGAAAGUUGCUUGGAUCCUCAGCUAUGGCAUGCCUGUGCCGGUGGGAUGGCUCAAAUCCCUCCACCGAAUUCCAAGGUCUAUUAUUUCCCUCAAGGUCACGCUGAACACGCCAAUGAGAAUGUUGAUUUUCUGAAAUUUCCAAGAAUUGCACCUCUUAUGCUGUGUAGAGUAGAAUCUAUUAAGUACUUGGCUGAUUCUGAGAGUGAUGAGGUUUUUGCUAAAAUCAGAUUAGUGCCUCUGUUAGGGAAUGAAUCUGGUGUGUGUGAUGAUGGGGGAGGGGUUGAUGGGAAUGAGGAGAGAGAGAAAACCAAUUCAUUUGCAAAGACAUUGACUCAGUCUGAUGCAAACAAUGGUGGUGGUUUCUCUGUCCCUAGGUAUUGUGCUGAGACUAUAUUUCCUAGGUUGGAUUACUCUGCUGAGCCCCCUGUUCAGACAAUCUUGGUUAAGGAUGUUCAUGGGGCUGUUUGGAAGUUUAGGCACAUCUAUAGGGGGACUCCACGGCGCCACCUUCUCACCACCGGUUGGAGCAAUUUUGUGAACCAUAAGAAGCUUGUGGCUGGGGAUUCAAUUGUGUUCUUGAGGGCUGAUAAUGGGGAGUUAUGUGUUGGGAUCCGCAGGGCCAAGAGGAGUAUCAGUGGUGGAGCUGAGGUCUCGAGUGGAUGGAACACGGGGAUCCCUGCCUUACAAGGGGGAUUCUCGGGUUUUCUUGGUGAGAGCGUGGGGUUAUGCAGGAGACGGGGUGGGGGUGAGUUGGGGUUGAAGGAGAGGGGUAAUGUGAAGGCUGAGGUUGUUGUUGAGGCAGCUAGUAUUGCUGCUAAUGGCCAGCCUUUUGAGGUUGUUUACUAUCCUCGUGCUGGCUCACCGGAGUUUGUGGUUAGGGAGUCGGCUGUUAGGGCUGCGAUGAGGGUGCAGUGGUGCUCGGGGAUGAGGUUUAAGAUGGCCUUUGAGACGGAGGAUUCGUCUAGGAUCAGCUGGUUCAUGGGAACAAUUUCCUCUGUUCAAGUUGAUGAUCCAAUUCAUUGGCCUAAUUCUCCUUGGAGACUUCUUCAGGUGGUUUGGGAUGAGCCUGAUUUACUACACAAUGUGAAGAGAGUGAAUCCUUGGUUGGUUGAAUUGGUGUCGAAUAUGGCAGCAGGCCACGGCCUCUCCCGGUUCUCUCCACCAAGGAAGAGGCCGAGGCUGCCUCUGCCAACGGAGUUCCAACUUCCGAUGGGGACACUCGUUACCAACCCCUUCAGUCCUAGCAAGCCCUUGUGUUAUCUACCAGACCACAUUCCUGCAGGCAUACAGGGAGCCAGGCAUGCUCGAUCCAAGAAACUGCAGCCGUUUGAUUUCAAGCUGCUCGACUACGCUUCUCAAUUUCCUAGACUCCUCACCGGCUACCCUCUCCAAAUUCCCAACUGUGAUGUCUCACUGAACAUGGGUAGUUCUCCACAUGAGGUGAAGAAAAGCAACGAGGCCAAGACCCCGAUGUUUCUUCUGUUUGGUCAGCCGAUUCUCACUGCAGAGCAAAUCUCCCAGAGCCACUCUGCAGACACAGAAGGCAAUAGCUUAGAUGGAAAUCAAGAAAACACAGCAAAUGCAUCCAAUGCCUCGGGUUCGGCUGUCAUUCAGAAUUUUCCACUGGAGGCCUCAUCGGAUGGAGAGUUCCCGGGAUUCGACGACCAAACGCCUUAUCUAGAGGCGGAUUUUUGAUGGUUUAUUAUUUCUGUUGUACAGUUUGAUCAAACUAUUGUUGUAGUUGUAUUGUAGGUUUACAAUUUUGAAGUAGUGGGAAAAAUCAAUUCCUUUGGAGCAAAACUGUAGUACUCCUAGUAAUUUGCUUAUGUAUGAACUCACUUUUUACUAUAAAGAUUUUUCAUUAUGACUUA